AUGCGCCACCACCACCACCUCCUCCGUUGCCGCGCGAUGCCUCUCCUGCCGUCGCCGCCGAGGACGCUGCGGGUUUCGGGAAGCCUUGUGCACCACCGCCUCGUCCGAUGCCGUGGGUUGCCUAUCCCGCCGAGGACGCCGGGGGUCUCGGGCGGGCGCCUGUUCGCCUCCCUCCCGCUCCCGCCGCCUCUCCGGUCCCCAAGAGAGGUGCAUAUUUGGUAUCUUUGUCCCGAUGAGCUGAAAAAUCAGUCCCAACUGAACAUGUAUGAAGAACUCCUGUCUCCUUCUGAAAGAGAGUAUGCUGACUCUAUGAAAGCAACAAUGUUGCGGAAAGAUGCUGUUUUGUCCCGUGCAUUGUUGCGCACCACCCUCUCAAGAUAUACAGGUUAUAAAAUUGAUCCGAGGUCAUUUGAGUUUAAGAAGAACAAAUUUGGCAAACCUGAGGUAUUGUGGCCACAUGAUGAUAGCACUGCAGAGCAACCUUUGCAUUUCAACAUUUCACACACAACUUCUUUGAUUGCCUGUGGUAUUGCCAUUAAUGCUCGUAUUGGCAUUGAUAUUGAAGAGAAGAAGCGAAAUACAACCAAGAAUAUUUCAUCUCUUGCUCGCCGUUACUUCACCCCUUCUGAAGUUAAUUAUCUAUCUGAGGUUUCAGAUUCAGAUGCUCAGCGAAAGGAAUUCCUGAAACUAUGGACUCUUAAAGAAGCAUAUGUAAAAGCUCUUGGAAUGGGUUUCUCAGGUGCUCCAUUCAGUACGUUUUCAAUCAUGCUGAAUACAAGUAAGGGAAUUCGGAUUUCUAAGGCAUUGAAUGAUUCCAGGACUGGCUGUGACCAUCUGUCUGAGAACUGGCUGUUUACACUCGCGGAGCUAAAUAGUUCUCACUACAUGUCAGUUUGUAUAGAGGACAGCUCCAGAAGUCAAGGUCUGUAUACAUUGCCAUCUUGGGUAAUAACAGUUUGCCUACCUUGUUCUUUCAGUUGCUUCAUUGUUGUUGUAUAUGUCGCGUCGCAGGCCCUGAAGACAGCCCAGCACCAGUAG